AUCUUUUUUACUUGUUAAUUUAUUAUUUAUCUUCAACUUGUAGAGAACAAACAUGACCCAAACCCAUUGUCCCAAAAAUCGCCGGCUGAAAUAUUAUUGUGCUUGGACUCUCUAUUAAAACACGCAGCAGCAAUCAUACAGAUACAUUUUAUAUCGACAGAGAGAGAAGAGGGACGAAUCGACUUACCCCCCAUUCCACAAGUUGAUCCAAUUAUAUAUAUACACACACCCAUCUUGCGAAAUUACAGAUAUCCCUCUUCCUUCGACUUGUUUUCAGAUCUUAGAGCCCAUUGAGCGAUCUUUUCUCAUUGAAGAUUACUUUGAAAGAAACAGUCGAUUCAGAUAAAAUAUCGCGUGAAUCAGGUGUUACGUUGGAUUAUAUAUACAUAUAUAUGUGUGUGUGCAAACAAACACAUGUAUAUUGCGUGUGGGAAUUAGGGAUUCGAAGACACGAAUGUUUCGUGUUUAUGUACGCAUGUCUGUGUUGGGAGUUGGAUUUGGUCUCGUUGACUUAGAAAGGGUAGGUCUGACUUCCAUCUCUUAUAGUUUGUACCUUCUAUAAGCUUUGCUUUUUUAGGUUGCGAAGGCAUCUACCCCUUUGAUCCACUUCAUCUUCUUUUGUAUUCAUUUAUCUUUAAUCCUCCAAUUGCCGUUUUAUAGAUUCCUGUUGCUUCAAGUAUCUUCCUGAACCUUAUGCUUCAAAGGGAUGAUAUGUUAAAAGUGUGUAUAUCCAAAUACCCAAUCGAGCUAACAUAAAUCUAAUAAUACAAUACUCUAAACCAGUCUGACUUUGUUAGUUCAAUCUGAUUCAUGUUUUCCAAGAUCAAGGAUCAAGAAUUUAGAAGCAAUUUUUAGAGAUCCAUUCUAAAGAUUUAGUAUAUGAGUAUUGUUCAUCUAUAAAUCUUGAUCUUGAAGUCAUUUGGUGGGCUUUUUCUUUAAAUCUUUGAGCUUAUUGACCAUUGUCAAAAAGGGUCAAAUAAUCUUGAGGACAUAAUUGUGUGAUGCAUAGAAUCUAAAUGAAGUUAGCAAAGGCGUGGCGUUUAGGCAUGAAAGACAUGCAGAUCUUGCCUCCGCCACGUCAUCGUGGUCACCAAUUAAAAAAACCAACAUGGAUACUUGUAUUGAUUUCAUUGGUUUGCAUGUUUUUAGUUGUUGCUUAUAUUUAUCCACCUCAAACUUCUAGUGCCUGUUAUAUCUUCUCUUCUUCUGGUUGUGAGACGUUUUCUAGUUGGCUUCCUCCUCCUAUAAGAGAAUUUAGUGAUGAAGAAAUAGCUUCUCGUGUGGUAAUUAGUAGCAUUUUGAAUGCCCCUCCAAUUCAUUCCAAAAAUCCCAAGAUUGCUUUUAUGUUCUUGAGCCCUGGAUCAUUGCCUUUUGAGAAGUUGUGGGACAGAUUUUUUCAGGGUCAUGAAGGUAGAUUUUCAAUCCAUGUUCACGCAUCCAAAGAAAAACCAGUCCACACCAGUCGUUAUUUCAUCAAUAAAGAAAUUCGCAGUGGCUCGGUAGAUUGGGGGAAAAUUUCAAUGGUUGAUGCAGAAAAACGACUUUUAGCAAAUGCAUUGAAGGAUCCUGAUAAUCAACACUUUGUUUUACUUUCUGAUAGUUGUGUACCUCUGCGUGAUUUUGACUAUGUGUACAAUUAUCUCAUGUACACAAAUAUCAGCUUCAUUGACAGCUUCGAGGACCCUGGCCCACAUGGAAGUGGAAGGUACUCUGAACAUAUGUUACCUGAAGUUGAGAAGAAAUACUUCAGAAAGGGUGCUCAGUGGUUUACAAUGAAGAGACAACAUGCAGUUAUAAUCAUGGCUGAUUAUCUUUAUUAUGCAAAGUUCAGAGAUUAUUGCAGGCCUGGCAUGGAUGGACAACGGAAUUGCUAUUCUGAUGAACACUACUUGCCAACCUUUUUCCAUAUGCAUGAUCCGAAUGGAAUUGCAAAUUGGUCAGUGACACAUGUUGAUUGGUCAGAAGGAAAAUGGCAUCCAAAAUCUUAUGGGGAGAAGGAUGUUUCUGAACAGCUCCUAAAAAACCUUACGUCCAUCACAGAAAGUGUUCAUGUUACAAGUGAAGAAAGGAAGGAAACCAUGAUCAUGCCAUGCCUAUGGAACGGGAUGAAUCGGCCAUGUUACUUAUUUGCAAGAAAAUUCUCAGCAGAGACUCUAGAAACCAUGAUAGAUCUUUUCUCAAACUACACAUCAUCAUCAUUAUCAUCAUCAUCAUCAAAAGCAUGAGAGAGAGAUUCUUCAUUCUUGAUUCUUGAUUCUCGUUCUGAUUCUUUGGUUUGGUUUGGAUUUGUCCAACCACUUUUCACAUUGUUGUAAAGCUUAUUAUCUACACAAAGAUUCGUAAGGACCCAACAAAUGAGAAUAUUCACUCUAAACUUGGAUUCUUUCUGGGUUCAAGGGAGGGUAUAUUUGGGAAACAUUUGAGAUUUUUGAGUUAAUAGUCAACCAACAGUUAUGGAACACAUUUCAGUUAAAUUGUGAAGAAGAAAGGUAUGGGAGAAAAGAUGUUUCAUGUUAUUAAUCCUUUAGUUUUUACCCUUCAUUUUGGGUGAUAUUUGUAUCAUUUUGCGUAUUUCAGUGAUAGUUUUUGAAUUUAGAGCAAUAUUAUUGUACUGAUUUUGGGUUGUUUCCCUUUCCUCCUUUACAUGACAGAUGACGUGGAU